CUUUUUUCCUCACAAUUCACAAAAAUGGCGGAAGUGGAGGGUCUGAGAUUCGACUCGUCAAUUAAACGGGUUAUUUUGAGUAAAAAGGGGUGCUGGUUCGCAUCAAAGGUAAGGUGUUGCUUUCUCUGUGAUGUGGGGUUCCUUAAUCUUGUCUAUGCACUCUUGAUUUUACUACAUAUGCAAACUUCAAUUGGAUCCAAUUCAACAACAGCUGAUGAUGGAGUUAAGUGUAUAGAGAGUGAAAGACAAGCUCUUCUCUCAUUUAAGCAAGGUCUGGUUGAUGAACAUGGAUGGCUUUCCUCAUGGGGCAGUGAAGAAGAGAAAAAGAAUUGCUGUGAAUGGGAAGGAGUUCAAUGUAGCAACACAACUGGGCACAUCACUAUGCUUAAUCUAACCACAUAUUGGUCACUCAACAAAAUACAACAUCUUGAUCUCUAUCAUUGUAAUCUAAGUGGAUCUCUUCCUAGUCAGCUUGCAAACCUCGCAAGUCUGCAAUAUCUUGAUCUUAGCUAUAAUAACUUCAACAGUGUCAAAAAUCUUGAGUGGCUCUCUCGUCUUUCUUACUUGCAAUACCUUGGUCUGAGUGAUAUCGACUUUAUUAAGGUCAACAAGGUUGGGCUGCACGUAAUUAAUAAGCUUCCUCAUCUAACUAACCUGUCUCUAUAUAGAUGUAAUCUUCGAGAUGUCAAUCCCCAGAAUUUCCCCAAAAUUAAUACUUCUAGUACUUCUCUUAUUGAACUUGGUCUAGGAAGCAACAAUUUGACUACUUCUGCAUUCCAGUGGUUGUUCAACUUUAGCAACAGCCUUGUUAGUCUCGACUUGAGUUCUAAUCAAUUUCGAGGUCCAAUUCCAGAAACUUUUAGUCACAUGACUCUUCUGGAAGAGUUAUAUCUCGAUGAUAAUCAGUUUGAGGGGGAGAUUCCAAAAUCCUUUUGGAGUGGUAACUUGUCAUCACUGCUAUGCUUGUCGCUUUCAAACAAUAAACUGAGUGGUACUGCAUUCCAAUGGUUGUUCAACUUUAGCAACAGCCUUGUUAGUCUCGACUUGAGUUCUAAUCAAUUUCGAGGUCCAAUUCCAGAAACUUUUAGUCACAUGACUCUUCUGGAAGAGUUACAUCUCGAAGACAAUAAACUGACUGGUAAUAUACCCAAAAGCAUCGGCUUGCUGUCAAAGCUUGAGUUCUUGUGUAUUUCUUUCAAUUCUUUUAAUGGGGUGAUCACUGAGGAACACUUCUCAACGCUAUCUAAUUUACGGUUCUUGGGCAUGUCUUCUAAUAAUCUGAGCAUCAACUUCAGCCGUGACUGGAUUCCUCCAUUCCAGUUGGAAUAUAUUAGUCUUGGGUCUUGCAAAUUGGGCCCUGAUUUUCCAAGCUGGUUACAGACCCAAAGGAACUAUCGGGUUCUUCAUUUUCCUGCAACUGGAAUUUCAAAUAGCAUCCCCAUCUGGUUUGGCAAGCUUCCUUCUACGGCAGAACUUAUAGAUCUUUCUUCCAACCAAGUCAGUGGAAUUCUUCCAAAUUUGUCAAGGAAUAUUUCAUCUAAUUAUUAUGCCCUUGGGAUAGAUUUAAGUGGAAAUCGUUUGGAGGGUCCAUUACCGUCAUUUCCUGCUAAAACCACCCACAUAAACCUCUCAAAAAAUAGGUUUAAUGGGUCAAUUUCUUCUCUGUGUGCUAUGACUGGUAUGUCUCUUGAUUUCCUCGAUCUUUCAAGCAAUCAACUAUCUGGAGAGCUUCCCGAUUGUAUGAUGCAUUGGUCAAGUUUGCAAAUUUUGAAUUUGGCUGACAAUAACUUCUUUGGAAAUUUUCCGAGUUUUGUGGGAUCUCUCUCUUUGAUUGAAACCUUUGAUUUGCAAAACAACAACCUCUCUGGGAAAAUUCCUCGCUCUUUAAGGAACUGCAGUAAAUUGCAAUUUCUGGGUUUGAGUAAUAAUAGAUUGUCUGGAAUAAUACCAAGUUGGAUUGGAGAAAGGUCAAAUUCACUAAAUUUCCUCCUCCUAAGUUCUAAUCAUUUUGUUGGAGAAAUCCCAUUGGAGAUAUGCCAGUUGACAAAUAUUCUGCUGCUGGACCUUUCUUAUAACAACCUCUUCGGACCCAUACCAUGGUGCAUUGGUAAUCUGACUGCUUUGGCCAAAAAGGAAAUUUCAGCCAAACAUCAUUUCUGCAAUUCUUCACUUGUUCAUUGCUAUUUUGAUCGUGAAGGAAGCUAUGCUGACAAAGCAUCUAUUAUAUGGAAAGGAAUAGAACAUCAUUAUGAAAAUCUCACACUUCAAAGGACCAUUGAUCUUUCAAGCAACAAAUUAACUGGAGAAAUCCCUGUGCAAAUUGCAAGUUUUUCUGAACUACAUCAAUUGAACUUAUCAAGAAACCAUUUAACUGGAAAGAUUCCACUAGACAUUGGGCAGAUGAGACAGUUGGAGUCGCUUGAUCUUUCACACAACAUGCUUUCAGGUUGGCUUCCUUCAAGCAUGUCCAAGUUACAGUUCCUUAGUACCUUGGACCUGUCAUGUAACAACUUUUCUGGGAGCAUUCCAUCUAGCACUCAAUUGCAGAGCCUUCCUACUUCUGCAUUUGUUGGUAAUCCUGCACUCUGUGGACCUCCUCUCCCACAAACAUGCCCCACUGAUGAAAAGCCUGUGGAUGGUGGUGUCAACUACAAUCAACAAGAUGAAGAUGAAUUAUGGAAUGGGUUCAAACCCAGCAUGGAAGUUGGAAUGGCUUUUGGCUUUCUGGGAGUUCUGGCUAUCAAGUUAGAUCAUCCCUGGAAAAAUAUCUGUUUCCUGGUGUUCAACUACAUGAAGGUUCACCUCAGCAACUUGAAGGACUACCUCCUUUCGAUUGUGGCAGCACUUUGUUUGGUGAUUACAGUGAAUGCGGCUAGAUUGCAAAGAAAGUUGAAGUUUUAGGAGCCAUCCAGGGGUCGGUUCAAGAUGCUUCCUCAGGGACUACAAGGACUGCUCUUGAGAGAAGCUGGAGAGUGAGGGUGGGUUUGGGGUAAUAUUUGAUUUAAUUUUGCAGGAGUAGUAGUAGGUUUAGGGUUUUGAAUUUGAAAAGGAAAUGAAAAGAGAAACGAAGAUAACUUGUGAUUUUUGGGGAACUUGAUUGAAAGUGGAACAGAGAGAACAAAAUUUUCAUGUGGGCCCCACUAAAAAAAGAAACUGAGAAGAUGACU